CCAGUAACGCGCUGAUUGGCUAGCCUUCCAGUCACAUGACUCGAAUGACGUGUCCCGGGAAGUGGCUGAUGUAGCUGUAUCGAGUGGGAUCCGUGAAUUUUAACGUGGAGCGCUGGAGACCCGGGCGGCGAUCAGGAGAUCACAUACGUGUCCGGGGGCGACAUCCCGGUCGCUUGCGCUCCAGUUGCACAUUCCGGCGCCAUCAUGAUCAAAGCCAUCCUCAUCUUCAAUAACCACGGCAAGCCGCGGCUGUGCAAGUUCUACCAGCACUACAGUGAAGAUAUUCAACAACAGAUUAUCCGAGAAACAUUCCAUUUAGUGUCUAAAAGAGACGAGAACGUCUGCAACUUCUUAGAAGGAGGAUUGUUAAUAGGGGGAUCUGACAACAAGCUGAUCUAUCGACACUAUGCAACAUUGUACUUCGUCUUCUGUGUGGAUUCCUCAGAGAGCGAACUUGGAAUUUUAGAUCUUAUACAGGUAUUUGUGGAAACUCUGGACAAAUGCUUUGAAAAUGUCUGUGAACUGGAUUUAAUCUUCCAUGUAGAUAAGGUACACAACAUACUUGCAGAAAUGGUGAUGGGAGGUAUGGUUUUAGAAACCAAUAUGAAUGAAAUAGUAACUCAGAUUGAUGCUCAGACAAAAUUGGAGAAAUCUGAGGCCGGAUUAGCAGGCGCUCCAGCCCGGGCGGUGUCUGCGGUAAAGAAUAUGAACCUUCCAGAGAUCCCACGAAACAUUAAUAUCGGUGACAUCAGUAUAAAAGUACCAAACUUGCCUUCUUUUAAAUAGCAUUCCUUUGUCCUUUCCUUUUUUUUCAAGCUGAGAUAUGUUUACCAAACAAAAAUACAUCUACGUGAAGGAACUGCUUGGGUUUUGUGCAAAUUUGGAUGUUGAAUGUGUAUGUUGCCCUUUUGCUAAAAGAAGAAGCUCCUAGCUGACUGCAAUGUGUUUUAAAAUGGUAUAACAACUCCUAUUUAAGGCAUGUUUCUAUGUCUUGGCUGCUGCCGUGUUCAGAGAAAGUGUUAACAAAAACAAAAAAACACAAAAAAAAAGAUAAAAUAACUUUGUUAAAUUUCCAGUGUUGCUAUGUUUUGUAUCCUUUUACAGUGCAUAAUUUCUAUUCUAUAAUGAAUCAUAUAUGCAUCAUUCCUACAUGUUCCUCUGUUGUCGCAUAGAUUAUUUAUGACCAUAUUAUGAAUGAAUGAAAUUAUUACAAAUCACAUUUUUUCAAUGCAUUUCAAGGUAAUGUUUCUGGUUCUUUGUUCAUUGUGUCGGGGAGAAAAGUGUACAAUUCCAAUGUUUAUCACUGGGUUUGUUUCUUUUUAGAUUUUGGCUGAAUAAAAAUUAACUAUUUUAACACUGUAAUAAAUUGCUAAAGUCUAUUGUCAUGGUCUCUGUAAAAUAAAAAUUUUAUGAAUGAUAAA